GCUUACCAGAAGACUCGCAAGGGCAAUGCCGUGGUGGACCCCGCCGACGAGAAGCAGAUCAAGCUAUAUAUCUCGCUGAGGAACAACUUGGGCGAUAAUGAAAGAGUGACCGUGGGCUUGCUCCUCGCGUGGCUGCGUGAGGCGAAGGGCGAGCUCGAGGCCAGCGGUUCGCAGGCUCUGCGGGCGCUGGCGGUGCCCGAGGCCAAUUUCCCCCUGGGGGCAGAGCUGUCCGAGGAUGACCUUGCAGAGCAUCGGCUGGCUUCCAUGGGCAUGGCCCAGCUCGACCUGGAUAACUUCUUCAUCCUCGACUUCUUCUUGGUGAAUGACAAAUCCGUCCUGGGGGAGAAGGUGCGGGAGUUGUCUUUCCGGAACUUGUCCAACGAGCGCUUGAAGCUCGGGGGCCGCCCGGCGCCUGGCGCGGCCGCCGCCGGGCCCCCGGGCCGCGACGGCGCCGCGUCUGGCGCGGGCGAUGCAGGGGCUGGCCCGGCGCCCGCCGCCGGCAAUCCAGGAGCCAGGCCAGGGCUCUGGGAGGGGGUCGACGCGGGCGCCGUUGGCGGCGGGGGCCCGCCGGGGCUGCUGGAGCCCGCGGCGGAGCCGCGCCGCGAGGUGAAGCGGCACUCGUCGGACCCCUUCGUGGCAGACACCGAGAACGAGGACGAGAUCAAGAGUGCCGCGGAGGCGGGCCGGUGGACGGCGCGCAGCAAGUUGCGCGGGGGCGCCGUGGAUUUCUUCAUGGGCGAGCUGGUGGAGACGAUGAAGGAGGUCAAGAGGGGCCAGCCGCUGGCGGCGGCGGAUGGGCUGGCUGCCGUCAUGACGCGAGUGUGCACGUUUGCCGCGAACCUCUUCUUGGGUCACCGCAGCUGCGAGUGCCUCCCGCCCCUCUGCAAGACGUUCGACGCGUUCGAAGAGCUCGGGGCCGAGGUGGCGGGCCUCCCGCUGCUCGUGCGGGAGCUGGCGCAGAUUGGGCUCGAGUCGGACGCGCUCCCCGCGCUUGCGGGGGCGGGCGCUGCUGGCCGCGUGCGCUUCCGGGGACCCCCUUGCUACGAGAGUUUCUUGGCUUUCCGUUUCAAGCGGGAUCUCGACCGCGCGAAGGCGGCCGCGGGCCAGGGGCAGCUACAGGCGUUGAAGGAGAUCGUGGCGGCCAUCGCCGACGACGUGGCGCCGGACGUGUACAUGCACGCGUCUACGGCAUUGCAGGCUUUUGACCCGAAGCCCCCCUUGGCCGCGCGCGUUGAGUGGGCCCUCGCCGACGACUUCGCGCUGGCGGUCGUCCAGGAGUGGGCCCCCGACAGCGACGCGUGUCGCGCUGUCACCCUGGCGGGGCCGGCCCCGCCUUUCGAUGACAUCGCGUACUCGGAGUUCGAGAAGGGGUGCCCCCUCUUGAUGAAUGCCGGGGUCGAGCCGCACAGCCCGCUGGUCGAGGAGGCGCGCGCGUUCCUCACAGCGUUGCAGGGGGUCUCCGCUUGGGGCCAGCAGCAGACAUCGGCGUGGUUCGAGCUCCUGGAGCGGCUCGCCUUCGCCGAGCGCCUGGGCCUCGCCGUCAUCGCGGCCCUGCCGCGGGAAGAUCUCGUCGCAGUCGUCGGCGCUGCCAAGGCCUUCGUCAAGCCGAAGGGCAAGAAGGGCAAGAUGCAUGAAUGGCUGAAGAGCUCGGUCGCCGCCGCCGACGCCGCCGAGGGGCCGCCGAGUCCGCGGCCCGCCCUCGCGGGCGGGCCGCCGCCGGCCCCUGGCGGCGCGGAGGGCGCCCCCGCAGGCGCCGUCGCCGACGGCUUGGCCGCGGGCGAGGCGGAGGGCGCCCCCGCCGGCGCCAUCGCCAGGGGCGUAGUCGCGGGCGGCGCGGAGGGCGCUCCCGCGGGCGCCAUCGCCGAGGGGCCGCCCGCGGGCGGCGCGCGGGCAGGCGUCUGGAAGGAGAUCGAGGAGUCGGAGGAAGGGCAGCGAGGCAUCCUCGCGGAUAUCUACUAUCCGAAAGUGAAGAGCCUCUUCCCGGAGGUGUGGUGCCGGACGGUGACGGCGAGCGGGGGGAUGGCGGGGUUGCGAUCGACGCUGGAGAUGUCGCGGAAGAGGGGCCGCGCCGAGGACGAGCUCACGGCGACCCUUGUGCGGUGCCUCGACCACGGCAUGGGCGGCAAGACUUUGGAGAGCUGGAUGAACGAGCAGGAGAACCGCGAGGUGUUCGCCGAGUGGGUGUCGGUGGCGACGCUGCUCGCCAAGGGGGGGGGGGGGCGCUCCGCGACUGGCGAGGGCGCUCCCGCGGCGACGGGGGGCCGCGGGGCAGCUGGCGGCGCGGGCUUGUUCAAGAAGGGGGGCGUCGUGGUGGGGGUCUCCAUGAAGCACAAGGAGGACUGGAACGGCCGCCGCUGCGAGAUCCUCGAGGUCUUGUCGAGCACCUACAAGGUUCGGCGGCGCGCCGACUGGGGCAGCAG